UCGCUCGUCAUGAUUCAAGUACGGGCGUGAAAUAAGUCGGCCGCACCCCGUAAGAGCAAUGAUUCCCAAUCUAGCUGGCCCGGCUCUUUCGGUCCGGCAGAAACUCGGGGGACAAAACAACUUUCAGAUCUCAGACCUGGACCAGGAUGCGUCCAGGAACACUCGAACGCACACGUAAGUCAGGUGACUAUAACAUAACACAUCCACGUCUGGCGCGGCCUCCGACCCGAGAAGCUGGAUGUUGAUCGCUGCCUUUGACUGGUGCCAAGUCGCUAACUAUGGAGAAGUUCUCUGCGUUUAGGGACCCUGGCACAGGGAUUCAGCCAUUUCUUCUGCCUGUUUCACCCUCAGAUAACGGUUCAUCUGCGACACUGUUACUCCCAAUUCGCGGCGCCGCACUGAUAUUGAGGACCUUUCUGAUCGCCGCAAUAUUUCUGUUGUACUGCGGCUUGCAUUACGGAUUAUGCACCUUACUCGUACCGAUACCUCUACUCCGUCGUUCUCUGUCACGACUUGCAACACGACUUGCGGCUCGCCUGGCUCUUUAUGUAUUAGGUUUCAUGCAGAUACAGGAAGAAAUUGUUGCUAAGAAACGGUCAGUACAUCAAUUAUUUUAUGCGAUUCCACGGUGUCCACAGGCUGGUGAUAUCAUCGUAUCUAACUGGAGUUCGUGGAUAGACCUGCUGUGGAUGGUGUACAGAUUUGAUCCUAUAUUUGUGAUGCCUGUCUUUGAGGAGCGCAAGUCAUCCGUCGUAAAUUCUGAUUCGUCCCCCAUCACUUAUAGACCAGGGCGUAGUAAAGAUUCUGGAGUACCCUCACCUUCAAGUUUGCAGACCAUAACUUCUCGCUCGGCGGUUAGGGGUUUCCGCCGAGUGUCGUUAUUUUCGAUGAUACAGACUACAGGUCAUACUCCAGAUCGGUUGACCUUCAACACUGUAUCACAGCUAAAGGAACUGAAGCAGUCCGCGGAACGACCGGUUGUUGUGUUUCCUGAGUGCACCACUAGCAAUGGCCGCGGAUUGCUUCGCUUUGUUGAUGUCUUUGAAGGUACCCAUCUCCCUACAAAACAAUUUAAAGUUUUUAUCAUGUGUAUCAGAUAUGAUCCUCCUACUCCUCGGAGACCGUCCCCCUCACAUCCAAUACCGUCUUAUUCACUAAAUCCUCUCCGCCACCUCUUUACGCUCUUGACAUCCCUGUCCUCUCAACCCAUGUCUGUUUGCAUGCUCCCCCCCUCAGAGUCUCCUAGUUCUGACCUAUUCAUGGCGAGCGAAGUCGCACCGGUAGAUUCACUUUCGGAAGCUUGUGCUGUUCUGGUGGAGAGAAUCGGUAAAAUGCGGCGAGUUCGCUUUGGUUGGGAGGACAAAGCUACCUUCUUGGAUUUCUAUUGGAGUCGGCGCCGGUAG